AUGACAGAUGAGAUACCGUUUUCAAAUGACCCAACGAUAGAAGAAUUACAAACAUUAGGUUGUAUUUAUGAUGACUUACUAAUUGAUUUCAAUCUUUUAUGUGGAUCAAUAAAUAUACCAAUUAAAAUAGAUCAAGGUAUUGUGAUAAACUUAACUCAAAGAAAUACAAUUCUAUCAACUCAAAAUAUUAAUCAUUUACCUCCAAUUACUUUUAAUUUCAGUAUUUCUGAUGGUUAUCCUUUUCAUUCUCCACCAAGUUUUGAUAUUAAAAGCAAGAGUUUAUCUGACGGCAAAAUCAAUAAAUUGAAAAAUCAAUUAUUUCAAAUAUGGGAUGAAAAUAAAGAUAGAGUAUUAUAUGAAUCAAUAAUGUACAUCCAGGAACAAGUUCAAGAUUCAUUGAAUGAAAUUUUACCACAAGAGUUUAAUUUUGAAGAUUUUGAGAAAUUUAAUGAAUUUUUAGUAUUUGAUAAGAAAGAAAAACAGAAAGAAUUUGAAGCAAGGACGUUUACUUGUGAAAUUUGUCAAAUCGAAAAUAAAGGUUUAACUUGUACAAUAUUUGAAGAAUGUAAACAUGUCUUUUGUAAUGAAUGUUUAACUGGAUUUUUUACCUCAAUCAUUAAUGAAGGUGAUAUAAACAAUAUACAUUGUCCUGAAUAUAAUUGUAUGAAAAAUUACAAAUCGAAAAGAGAUGAAAUGAUAAAAAUAGAAUCAUGGACGUUAGCUGAUAAAAAUAUUAAAGAAGUUGUUGAUAGUCUUUUUACUCCCAAUGUGCCAUUAUACAAAUUGAAAUCUUUACUUCCUCCACCAUUAGUUGAGAAAUAUUUAUUACUAUUCAAAAAGUCUCAAUUCGAAUUAAUCAAAAAGUUACUACCUAAAAGGGUUGUAGAAUGUCCAAGAUUUGGAUGUGAAGAAUUAAUAUUUAGAGAAGAUUUGAAUGACAAAUUAGUUGUUUGUAAAAAAUGUAAAUAUGCAUUUUGUAUUGAUUGUAGAAAUUCAUAUCAUGCAAGAUUCAAAAAAUGUGUUAAGAUACAUGAAAAAUAUGAAGGUAUACCAGUUGAAGAUUUGAUGAAUUAUCAAUAUAUGCCACAGGGAUCCCAUGAAAAAAAGAUUUUGCAUGCAAAAUAUGGUAGAAGUAAAGUAUUAAAAGCGAUUGAUGAAUAUCAAAUGGAUAAAUUAUUUGAAGAAAUGAUUAAACAAGGUACGGAAUUGAAAGAAUGUCCCGGGUGUGGAGCAAUCAUUGAAAAAAGUGAUGGAUGUAAUAGAAUGAAAUGUUGUGAGUGUCGAACAUGUUUUUGUUUUAAUUGUGGUGUUCAAAUGGAUAACACAUAUGAUCAUUUUUCUGAUCCUACUUCACCUUGCUAUAAAUUAUUAUUUUUUGGAAUGGUUGGAGCUGAAGACGAAAAUCAAACAUAA